AUGGAUGGCCUGACCCAUCUGCAGAGCCCAGGGGAUACCAAUGGGACCCUCACACCCCCGAUGAGCCCAAAAUCGACCCCGGGUCCCUUCUCCCCAGGAUCGGAAGGCAGGACGCCGACCAGCUCCGAACCCAACACCCCUUCCAAGGGUAGCAUAGGCGGUGCGGUGAAGUCCAGCGGAUGGAAAAACCUGAAGCCCUACCCACUGGACAGAAAGUGGAAAGAGCAACUUCCACUGGGCCCCAAAGAUCGGCACCGGCACGGGACGCUUCCAAAUGGGAUGCGGUACUACGUCCAGAAGACGCACAAGCCCAAGGACAGGGCCGCGCUCGCCCUGGCCGUCGACGUCGGGUCCAUCGCGGAGACCGAGGAGGAGCGCGGCGUGGCACACCUCGUGGAGCACCUCGCCUUCCGGGCCACCGAAUCGAACGACAACUUUGCCAUCGUCAAAUUUCUCGAGUCGAUCGGCGCAGAGUUUGGCGCCUGCCAGAACGCGUACACCUCCAUGGACGAGACUGUGUACGAGUUGCUGGUGCCCAUCGAUAAGCCGAACGUGUUGGAACAAUCCCUCGACGUCUUCGCCGAGUUUGCCACGAAGAUUCGCAUCAGCGACGGGGAUGUCAACGACGAGAGGGGCGCCGUGAUGGAGGAGCUUCGAAUGGGCCGCGACGCGCGGGGCCGCGCCUCGGAGGCGUACUGGAAGAUGCUGAUGCAGGGAUCACUCUACGCGGAGCGUUUGCCCAUAGGUUUGGAGAAGGUGGUCAGGGAGGGUGACCCCGAGGUGUUCAGGAGGUUUUACAAAAAGUGGUACAGGCCCGAGCGCAUGGCAGUGGUGGCCGCGGGCGAUUUUGAAAACCUCGGCGCCGUGGAGAAGCUGAUCAAACAGGCGUUCGCCAAGUGCGCCCCCGCGGAGGGUCAGCCCAAGGAGAACCCCAAGGUGGAGCGACCUUUGAUCGCGCCUCACGUGGAGCCGAGGAUCACGUGCAUGGUGGACAGGGAAGCGACCAAGACGUCGGUGACUGUCACGUUCAAGUAUGAGGCUUCCGAGUGCGCCACACCCUCGGGUUUCUUCACCAAGACCGUGGAGGACUCGUUCAAGCUGGCUCUGGACAACAGGCUGUACAAGAUAAUGCGCAAGGCUGACCCGCCGUUCUUCUCCGCGGCGUGCUCCAUCGAGGAGGCGACGAGGACGACGACGAUCUUCAGCCUGCAAAUCGUCUGCGAGGAGGGCAAGGCGAAGCAGGGCCUCGAGGCUGGCCUCCGCGAGCUCACCCGCGCCAGGCUCCACGGCUUCAGCGAGCAGGAGCUCCGCAUAGCGGGCGCCAAGCAGCUCGCGGACGCGGAGCAGCUAUUCGUGGAACGCGAUCAGACCUAUUGCACGUCCCUGAGGGACGAGCUGGUUGGUCAUUUCCUCAGGGGCGAGUUUGUCGUCGGCGCCGAGGAGGAGGCGCGCAUCACCCGGGCCUGCGUCGAGCGCGUGAAGACCUCAGACCUCAAGGAGUUCGCCAAACGGCUCAACUUCAAUAACUCGUGCGUUAUUCGUGCCAUGGAGGGCAGGGCGCUCACCACCGAGAAGGAUAUCGCGGGUGCCAUUGAUACAAUCCAGCGGGAGGAGCACGCCGGCGCCAUCACCGAGAACGAGAUGUUCAACGUGCCGGAGCGGCUCAUCGAGGAGGAUACCCUGCCGCCGCCCGGGAAGAUCGAAGGCGAACGCAAGUUCCCCAAGCUGGGCUUCAAGAUUGUCCAGCUGUCCAACGGCAUGCAGGUGGCGAUGAAGCAGACGGACUUUCUGGACGAUCAAGUGUUGGUGCGGUGCUUCGCGCGCGGCGGUUUGAGCGAGGUUGACCAGAAGGAUUACCUUGACGCCCUCUACGCGAACACGAUCGCUUCGGAGCUCGGCAGCUACGGCGUUAAGCCCGAGAUUCUCGCGGAUAUACUCGCGGGUAAGCGCUGCGACGUCGCCGCCAAGACUGGGACGUACUAUCGCAAGGUUGACGGCGAGGCAAGCCCCACUGACAUUGAGAGUACCCUGCAGCUCAUCCACAUGUUGUUCACUUCAGACGUGAAGAGUAUGCUCGUGCCCGAGGAGCUCGAGGCUGUGCUUCGCAUGCAGGAGGAAGCUAUCCGCAACCGCAGCAGGGACCCGGUUUCCAUCUACAACCAGACCAUCAGGCACCUGGUGUACGGUAAAUCGUUCCAGAGCCAGCCGCUGAGGGUCAAGGACGUUCGCAAGAUGAAACCCGCAAAGGCUUGCGAGCACUUCAACGCCAGCUUUGGCGAUCCGUCCGAGUUUACCAUGGUGCUCGUGGGAGCCUUCGACGAGCGUAGGGUCCGUCCCAUGAUUGAGAAGUACCUCGGAUCGAUCCAGCCCUCGCCCAAUCCCAAGGGCAGGGUCCUGCAGGUCACCCCGGCGCCUUUCAAGUUCCCGAGGGGCGUCGUCAACAGGGACCUGAGGGUGGCCAUGGUGGAGCCCAUGGCGCAGGCCAGCAUAACCUUCCCCGUGAACAUCCCGAACCCCGACUACAACCACAAGACGGGGCAGGCCACGCCGAGCCUGGAGGGCUCAGUGGCCUUGACCCGGGAGAAGCUCACCUGCGUCUUCGCGUCCAGCAUCAUCGAGCGGAGGCUGCUCGCGCUGCUCAGGUUUAAGUUUGGCGAGAUUUACACCUGCGCCGCGUCGACGUCGUUCGCGUACCAGGACCCGCAGGCGCGCGGGCCGUACUUUCGCGGCGACAUCAUGAUCAACUUUAGCUGCGACCCGAUCGCGGGUCAUCGCCUGGCGCAGCUCGCCAUGGAGGACGUGGGCGCGAUGCAGCGCGAGGGCCCAACCGCGGAAGAGGUCACCACAGCCGUCGAGCUCGAGACUCGAGCGCUGGAGGUGAGGGUGCAGGAGAAUUCGUACUGGCGCGAGUACUUCGAGGCUUUACACAACAGCAGGCUGUCACCCCUGAUGGAGGGCGACCUGGACCAGCUGUACCAGGUGAGCGAACGGACACGGAAGGAGCUGAUGGACGGGCUGACGCCGGAGAUGGUGAGGGCACACCUGCUUCGGUGCGUCAACCUCAAGAACCGGGUGGUGGUGGUGCUGAGGCCGCAGCGUCCGCUGUGGCAGAGGUUGCUGCUGCCCUCGCCGACGACAGCGGAGGGCUGGGCGGUCAUUGCGGGCUACGCGGGACUCACCGUGGCGGCGGUGUCCCUCUACGAUCGAUACUGCGCCAAGAAGGAGUAGACAGGUGUAUCACAAACAUGGCAACUCUC